AUGCCUGGCGAGCUAUCCGAUCGCAACGCCAGCGAUGAAAGCCUCGACGCGGUGCGCGUCGAACCAGAGCAUGGCGAGCCUGAGGCCGACUACGUGGAUGAGACGAACGUGGUCCAGACCAUCGCGAGGCGCAAAACACCGUACAUGGCGUAUAAGCGAUCGAACAAGGUCCAGGAGGAAGAGCUCGCUGAGGGAUUGUCUAACGAGGAUCUCUGGAUGCUGAUUAGACGGUUCAACAAGCAAAUAUACUAUGUUAAGGCGACGCAAGAUACCACGCAGAGCGUGCUGGAUCUGAAUCGCGCAGCGGAUGAACAGUUUCCGCCGGAGAAGCUGCGUAUGACGAUUGAGCGGUUCUAUACCUCUGUUAUUGUAGGGGUUACGGAUUUGUUUAAUCAUGUGGUACGGUUGAGGUCGUGGAAGGAACCUCGUCGGACAGCGGUGUUCUGUGGGGUGUAUUUCCUCGCGUGGAUUGCCGAUCUUCUUACCCUGGUAUCUCUUGGCACCCUAAUAGCUCUGAUAAUGUUCCCUGGACUCAGGCCGUUGAUGUUUCCACCUGCCCCUACGUCUCAGGUUGACCCUAGCACUGGCGAUAUGAAGUCUACUGGUGAGCCAGGCUCACGAGAUAGUAUCACCGGGGCGCCCGAGAAAUAUAAGGGUGAGGCGGCGGAGCAGGAGGCCAACAACUUCGUGAACAGCAUUGCGAACGUUGCGAUCGAGAGUGCGGCCGGGAAAUAUGGCCAGGCCGUCAAAGAAGAUACCACCGAGCCAGCACCGGAACCAGAUAUCAUCGAUGCCGGAACGGUGGCGCCCGAUGCGCAGGGUGAGACGGGUCCGACCGGCGACAAAACUAAACAGCCCAUGAAAAAAAAGGUCGGUAAGGCGACGGACCAAAUCAUGCGGAUUAUCAGCGAUGUGACGGAUGUGUAUGAGCGGUUUGCGAAUGUUCUCUCACCCACGCCGCCGUUCUAUGCUAUCUCAACGCGGCUGAAGAUUGUGGGCAUUCUUUUUGGUCUCGCUGUUGUUGCGUCCCUCACGUCUAGCUAUUUGAUUGUUAAGGGUGCUGGGUUUGCGGUCGGGCUGGCGUUCUUCGGAGAUCCGGUCUUCCAGCGCACGAUGGACUACUUGAACACCAAUAUCCCCGAUUGGAAGAAAUAUCUUGAUCUGCAGAUGACCCUCCUCAAAGGAAUCCCCACCAACGCCCAGCUCACCCUCACACUGCUACGCAUCGGCGAACUCAACUGCAGCCCUCUACCACCCCCUCCGACCUCUCAAACCCCAGACGCCUCGAUGCCCAUCAGCCGCAAACUCUCAAAAGCACUAACCCUCGGCGAAGAAACCAACGACGAAAAGUCCCUCACCUCCCCAUCAACCACCACCCUAGGCACCCAGGACUCCUCUUCCCCAGUAGACACCAAGCCCAAACGCCGCUGGGUCUACAAAGUGCUACGCUUCGUACGACGCACCAUCGCGACCGCCAUCAAAAGCCACGUCGCGCUCGACCGCGCCCUCGCGAUCGCCAACUCCACCCACACCAAACAUCUCAUCGGCAUGCUGCACAAGAAAGGCUGGGUAUCUGCGCCUCUUGGGCCGUUGAAGUUCGACGCUAAGUUCGAGCGCAAGCGCGGGACUGUCGUCAUUGAUUCUUCGAAGGAGCCGCCCGUGCUGUAUUUCACGACGGUGAACUCGGCUAAUCUGCAUGAUUUGCGCGUCGAGGGACAGAAGAAAAGUAACGUGUUGUUCCAGAUCCCUGUCACGGAGAUCAGGGAGCUCAAGAAGACGGAGGGAUUGGGGUGGAAGGGGAAGUUGAUUGUGGAGUUGACGGCGGGGAGUAAGGAGGCGGCGGAUGGGUUAGUCGUUUCGGGCGCUCAGGAGGGUCAGAUGUAUCAUGUUACGGGCAUGCGGGCGCGGAAUCAGCUGUUUAAUCGGUUAGUGGCGAUUGACGCGCAGUUUUGGGAGAGUUGGUAA